AUGCUAAACUAUGAUAAAAAUGAUGACGAACAUUAGCAUGGCACUGUGCAAGAACAACUUGAGAAAUUAAAGUUUCAAUCUUUAGAGCCAAAAUCUUCUACAAUCUCCUUUAAAAAUAAUGUUAGGGAAAAUAGAAAAUAGUCACAUGCAAAUAUAAAGGCGAGAAAAGAAGCAUCAGAAUCUAUUUCAGAGUCUUCUUAUGAUGAUUAGUCAGAAUUAUAUUUUUCAGAAUUCGAUAUAAUGAAUGAUAAUAAAAAGGCAAAGAUUCUAUGUGAAUAUAAGAAUAGUUAUUUUAAUGAGAAAAUAAAAGUGUUCAAUGAGAUAAAAUCAAAAUAGAUUUGGCCAAAGUAACAACCAUAACUUAAUUAAGAUGAAGCAUCAGUUCAACUGAUAAAAUCAUCAUCUAUUAUGAGAUAAUAAUCAUCAGUUUCUGAGAGUAAUCAUAAUACGAUAAGUUUAGUGAGAAGAAUCAAAGAAUUUAAUGAUUUCUCUGUCGAAUAAUCUUUAAAAUAAAUUAAUUCUCCACUUAUAUUUUACAUACCCAACAAUCAUUAAUUCAAUUUUAACAGCACUUAAAUUAAUAACAACUUUACUAGCUCUCAUGCUAUUAACAAUCGAUCUUCAUAAUAAAUAAAAGAAAACAGCCAAUACACUAUAGAUAUUCCAUGCGAUUCUUUGGGACAAUAAUCUGCUAAACAUACUGAUAAAGAUUUACAACUAUAGAUCAUAGAGGCUAUUUUUUCUAAAAAUGUUUUUGUUCUGAUUCAAAUGAUAAAAUUUCUGUAAAAGGAGUACAGAACAGAGAUUUUAAAUUAAAAAGAUGUCAAUGGUAAUACACCACUUUUAUUAGCAAUAAAAUUGUCUCAUUAAUAAAACUAGUUUGAAAUUAUUAGGCUACUACUAUCAAGUGGUUGUGAUCCUUCUAUAAAAGAUUUAAAUGGUUGGAGUCCAAUAGAAGAAACAGUUGCUUAAAUGGAUGUAGCUACAACUUCAAUACUAUUUGAUUAUUUAGUAUAAAAGCGAAUGUUUGAUAUUUAACAAGAAAGAAAUCAAAUUGAUUAAGAGUUAUUAAGAAUUAAUGAUUUUUAUCUUGAAAUGAAAUGGGAAUUUAAAUCAAAUUUGAUACCAUUUAUCUCGAAAAUAACACCUAAUGAUACUUUCAAAAUCUACAAAAGAGGUUCAUCCUUAAGGCUUGAUUCAACUUUUGCAGGAACAAAGAAUUAUAAGACAAAAAGGAGAGACAUCAGCGUGUUCUAUAAUCCAAUGAUUGGUCCUUCUUAGAGAAAGGAAAACUAAUCAAAUUGCAGAUUUGUAAUUAUAUUAAAUAGAACAAAAAAAAUCUAUUAUUAUCCUAUUUAAGAGAUAGAUAUUGAGGAGAAAGAACAGAUUAUUUUAGAUCUACUUCACUGUGAUAGUGUAAGUGGUGAAAUGAAAGUAACACAAUGCGACUUGAUAAAAAGAAAAAAUAUUUUUGGGAAUUAUGUUAGUUAAAAAAUUAAUAAUCUUGUUUGCUAAAAAUAUGAAUUUAGAAUUCAAGGAAAUAAACAAUUUCGUAAGAAAUAGAGAUCUCAUUACUCUAUGAAUUUCGAAUAAUAUAUAAAAUAAAAUUUUGAUUCAGAUUCAAGAUAAGAUAAAGUAAAUUUUGAACCAUGGGCAUAAGAAAUCAUUUAAAAUGAUGGAAAUUCCAAAAAAUAAUAAAAGCUAUGCUAAUUAUAUAUAAGUAAAGAAUUCCCUUUAGACUUUAGAUAAUUUUUGCCAAUAAUAAAAAUGCUAGCAAGAGGAAAUGAAAUGCUAUAAUCUUUAUUAGAAAUAUUGUUAAGUGAAACAGUAAAAUAGGUAUUAAAUGAUAAUGGAUUUCCUGUAAGAAUCGAAAUUCCAAUAAAUUUUACAAUUGAUGGGGUCGUCACAUUUUAGAAUUAUACAUAAAUUGAUUUUGACAAUUCAGAAAUAAUUGAAUUAUUCUAAAUACCUAGUAAUUUUACUUUAAUGUAAAGGAGAGAUGCUACAAAAGUAAUGAAAAGAUAGAAGAAAAGAUUGAUUUUAGCAAAUUUAUUUUUAUGA